ACUAUAUUGACCCACCAAUUUAACCCCUUUCUCCUUCUUCUCUUCCAUCCUCAUGUCAUGAAUCACUCUGCCAAGUGUGGCGAAAAUUCAUAUACCCAGAUGGAAAUUUCAUCUUAAAACCUUAUUCCUUUUGUGGGUUUGAUCCAGAUCUGUUUAUGUUAUCGGUAUUUACUCCAACGACUACGAAUAUUUAGCAGGAUAGAUGGGUGUAGAAAAGGUGUUAAGAUGUCUAAGUAACAGCUUUUCUCGAUUCAUUCAUCUUGUGACAUUUGGUGUACCAAAGAACCUGCCAUGCCAGAAGGAAUACAAAGAUAUUGCAAAUUUACUGAAGCUUUUUAAAGGAAUUAUUGAUAACAUCGAUGAUGCCCACAUACAUUCGGAUGAGAUAUUGUUUAAGGAGUUUGAAGAACUUGAUUUAGCUGUAAAUGAAGCUAGAGAGUUCAUUGAGAAUUGGGGUUUUCACAAGAGCAAGAUUUGUGGGAUUGUACAGAGCAGACAAGUUAUCGUCAAAAUUCAAAGCUAUUCGAUCAAGAUUUGUCAAACUGUAUACAGAUCAUUGGAGUCAUCAUCUUCUUCAACUUCUACUUCAACUUUAUCUGAUAUUCAGCAUUGUAUGGAGGAAUUUGAGAGUUUGAAGAUGGAAAUUGCAUCGGAAAAGUUAGAUGAAGCCUUGAAAUGCAUAUGUGAAGGAAAGGUUCCUCCACUAGAACAUCUAAUAGAAAUCAUAGAGUUGCUUCAUUUGUCAUCAAGCCAAGAACUGAUAAGAGAGAGCAUUGCAGUGGAAAAGGAGAAUGAUAAGGUCAACGAACCCGAUCAAAUUAAUCACAUCGCGGAUCUUGUUUUUCAUAUACGGGAAACCAUGGUGAAUCUUGAGAGCUUAAAAGCUAUUGAUGGUGUUCGAAUUCCUUCAUAUUUCAUCUGCCCUUUAUCGCUGCAACUCAUGUUUGAUCCGGUGAUCGUGGCAACCGGACAAACUUACGAACGGGAUUCUAUCCAAAAAUGGCUUAAUCAUGGACUUAUCAGAUGCCCAGUAACCCGUCAAACGCUUUCUCACACCAACUUGAUUCCCAAUUACACAGUCAAAGCUUUGAUAGCAAAUUGGUGCGAUGAAAAUCGUAUAAAAGUCAACAGAGCCUCUGACCAUCCUGAUAAAGCUGAAGAUUCAACUUCCCGGGAUCUCAUUCAAAUGGUUGGCGAUUUUGAUCCGUCUAUACAGAGUACCCAUCUGACACCAAGAUCUUCAUUUGAAGUUGAAAACGGGUUUGACCGACAGAGCUUUCAAAAGUCAAAUCAUCCGUCCCCUGAAGAGUCUUGUAGUCACAGUAGGAGUGGAUCGACGUCAACGGCUGUUUCCAGUGAACGUUUAUGUGAAUUAUCUUCAGAAAUGGCUUCCGAUUGCCAGAUAUCUUCUCCGUCUAGUAAAACUUCAGGGUUUUCUCCAUGGAUGCCCGGAAAACAACAUCACAGCUCCAAUAGCAUGGGUGAAAUCGUCACCAAUGGCGGAAACCGUAACUACCCAAGAACGAUUUCUCUUCCAUCCAACUCUUCCCCAAACGAGUUAACGACAUCUUCCCACGUCCAACAACUUGUAAACGAUCUCAGCUCCCCGUCAAACGAAACCCAAACUAAAGCUGCAUCAGAAUUGCGGUUUCUUGCUAAACAUAACAUGGAGAACCGCAUCAUUAUAGGAGAAUCUGGAGCCAUUCAGCCGCUCUUAUCACUGUUGCACAGCAAUUCAAAGAUGACUCAAGAACACGCGGUUACAGCUCUUUUGAAUUUGUCCAUAAAUGGAAACAUAAAGUCGAUGAUUGCUGAAGCAGGCGCCAUAGAACCAUUGAUCUUUGUUCUUGAAACGGGAAACACUUGUGCCAAAGAGAAUGCAGCGGCAGCUUUAUUCAGUCUUUCUUUAUUAGAAGAAUAUCGAGUCAAGAUUGGUCAAUCUGGAGCAAUCAGACCUUUAGUUGACCUUCUGGGCUCGGGUACCCUUCGAGGGAAAAAAGACGCUGCAACUGCCUUAUUUAACUUAUCGAUAUUUCAUGAGAAUAAAGCGCGUAUCAUUCAGGCGGGGGCCGUGAAGUAUCUUGUGGAGUUAAUGGAUCCUGCUACACAAAUGGUUGACAAAUCUGUCGCUCUUCUUUCGAAUUUGUCCACAAUUUCAGAAGGGUGUUUGGCAAUUGCAAGAGAAGGCGGGAUCCCGUUGUUGGUUGAGGUUGUGGAAACGGGGUCUCAAAGGGGAAAGGAGAAUGCCGCUUCUAUACUUUUACAACUUUGUCUUAAUAGUCCUAAAUAUUGUCGGCUAGUUCUGCAAGAAGGCGCGGUUCCGCCUCUAGUCGCGUUGUCCCAAUCAGGCACGUCAAGAGCCAAGGAGAAGGCACAACAACUUCUCAGUCACUUUCGCAGUCAGCGUGAGAAAGCUUCUGGGCGAGGGAAAUCUUGAGAACGGAAUAUGUUUUAUCGUUUGAGUGUUUCUUCAUCAAGUUAUCCAAAAGGUUUGAAGAUUUGAUAUCGGAUGAAUUUGAUGGUGGUGAUGGCGACGUGAAGUGGACGUUAGACCAACUUCGGGCAUCAUGUUGUUAGUUUAAUCGGUCGAGUUUUUGUUUUUGUUAUUAUUAUUAUUAUUAUUAUUAUUUUAUUUUUGUUUUGUGGAUCUUUGUGUUGUUUUCCACAGCUUGUAAAGAGAAUGUGAACAUGAAAAAAACAAUCAAUCUAUGAUAUAUGAAUUGAAUGGUUCGGUU